GAGUAAAAAGGCAAUACCUACAACCCGAUAGAACUUGUUGCAGAGGUGCGCUGUCGGUUUGUAACGUUAGAAGUGGAUUAACAGCCCAACGGUCAAUCAGUUGGCGGUUGGCGUUUGUAGCGGAAAGUGCUUUUACAUCUCGGAAGGUCAAUCAGGUCCCCAUCUCCACUCAACGUGGUGGUUUAGUGAUCAUCAUUUGUUCGCCGUGAAAACACCACUCGAGAGUGCGAUAUCUCGAGAAAAUCCGGAAAUAAUUGUGCGUCCUCGAUGGUGUUUCAGUGCCUCAGAAGAAAGUGUAACUUCGAUUAAAAAUUGCUCGGUAAAGAUCAAUCACACAACAAUUUGCUGGUCACGAGAUCCAUUAACCAACGGCAUUACUUACUCGGUACGACCUUGAUAGGUCGGGUGAAUCACACUACGGAACACCAGUAACAUUAAAGUGAGUGAGAAAUAUUUAAAUUAGCAUCGAUUGUUUGCUUGACUAUAGCGCUUCAACGAUCAGUGUUAAAUUCAACGGUGAGAAGUGUAGACUAGCUAGUGGCGACCUAGAGCAUGCAACAGUGAACAGUGAAGUACGUAAUAAUAGCAACCAUUGAAGAGAAAUGGCGAUCUACGAUCGGAGUGUGAAGGUGCCCAAAAAUAAACUGAAAGCUUGUGCGAUUUGUUUGUUGCUUUGCUUAGCUAGUCUACCAGAGCUGAGUGAAGCACGGAAAGUGGUUGGAGGUGGGCGUGUUACAAAACCUACUGCAAAUCGGGGCUAUGCAAAUCCGGAUGUUGCCAAGCUGAGUUACUCGCCGAGUUAUGCUGCAGCACCUAAGCCACCGGUAGCUGCACCUGCCGCCCCCGCACCAGUUCAACAAACAGCAAAUUCUCCAAUCGGGUGGAAUGUUCCGCACAAUGCUCCGCCUCCAUACUCGGCACACACGAAUCAAGGCCCACCGCCGCCGUAUGCUUCGCAAGCUAAUCCAAAUAUGAACACAAGAUUUAACGAACCUCCACCAGCGUAUUCUCCUGGCACUCAAGGAUUCCAACCAGCUCCCAAUUUCCAAGGCGGUGUUGGCCAGCCAGCGUACGGUUAUCAUCCUCAACCCGCGCAAGGUUUUCCAGGAGCACAGCCUGGCGGUUAUCCCGGAAGUUAUCAACCGGCAGGUGGUUUCGCACCAGCUGGUUUCCCGCAGCAGCCUGGUUUUCAACCACCCGGUGGCGGUUUCCAGCAGCCAGGAACGGUCAUUCAUCACUACGAACAACCUUCUUCUGGUGGUAGCGGUCUAGGAACAGUGCUUGGAGCGGGAGUUGCUGGUUUGGCUGCCGGUGCUGGUGGAGCUGCUCUUUACGAUGCUCUCAAACCAAAAGAUUCCAAAGAAGCUGCACCAGCAACCACGGAAACUACCACAACAACAACUACAACCACUCUAGCACCGAUAAAUCCUAAUGGAGAUGCUCCUCUGGCCCCAGUUGCUGCAAACCCCAAUGGUGAUGUUUCUCUGGCGCCAAUGCCAACGGAAGCAUCGACGAUGUCUUCUGAUAACCCACUCGGAAUGGCUCCGCUGGCAACUAUGUCCGCCGCUGACGGUACCUCUUCGGAUGCUCCUAUUAGCACAGCGGCUGUAGAAGUUCCGAAUGCCGCCUUAAGUGUCGAGCCCAAUCAAGCAGUACCGUUGGCACCGUUUGCGGUUUCUGAAAAUGGCACUUCGACGACUGCCAUGGUAGCGGAAACGACAACAUCGGCCACCGUCCCGCUGAUGGCCGCUGCUGGAGAACCCACGAGUGCUCCACAACAAGCCGCAGCACCCGCUGCUGGCAGUGCUCGAGACGUACGUUUCUCCAGUUUUCUCAUUGUGAUCCCAGCACUGUGUCGGUUCUUACUUUGGUAAGCGACGAAAGUUUGCUCGGGGAAUUCAUAUCCUGGUGAUUAAUUUGCUGUUUAGGAAAACAUCAAUGAUUGUGAAUCAUUCCAAAAAUCAGGCUGAACUGUUUCGGGAACAAUCGAAUGUAAGAACAUCAAAUGUUUUUUCUUCUUCUUUCUUUUCGUAGUGAACUGACUCUGUACAAGUAUUGGUGAACACGUUGCCAUUCAGAUAGUAUAGUUUCAAGUUUUUAAGAAAUAAAUCACAUGUUGAUAGAAAACAACACGUAA